AUGCCUACCUAUUUCGCGCGUGGCGUGUCGGUGCGACUGAGCGCGACGCCGCUCGAAGACUCGACUACACAGAAAAUCAUACUAAGGAAGGGCGAUGCAGCCAAGCAGCAGUCUGAAUUGGCUGAAAGGAGGCUCCUAGAGAGGAAGUUGCUGAAAGAGGAAGUCGUGCCUUUCCCCGAUGAUGAAUACGCUUUUCAGCUCAAUUGGGUCGCAAACGCACCUUUCAUGCAGACCCGGGUCAAGAACAAUGUCUAUGACAAGACGGAAGCGACGACAAGUACGCUGUUUGUCCACAUCCCUGAUAGCAUUACUGCAACUGACCACGGCUUCACAGAUGCCGCCUCACUCCGCAAACCGAAAGCACUUGCCCUCCACGUUAAUCUCUCCGACAAGACCUACGUCUCUGGCCUCUACAAUCAGAGAACAUCCCUCAAGAUCGAGGUCUUCUUCAACGGGAUGCUCUCCGCCUGUCUAUUUAUACCCACCCACGAUGUCAGGUCCGGAGCGAAAAGUAAUCAUCAGGUCUUUGGGGGAACCAGGAUCGACUUCCUUGCUGAGCGACCUUGGGUGAUCCUGUCGCCUGAAGUGGCAGCAGACGGCAAUACUAGGAAGAACACCACAGUGGUUUCAGUUGAGCAGCGAUGGCUACACCUUUGUCAGGCGCUCCAAAUCGAAGUGCGAGAGCGAGGCCAAGACGAAGAGGGCAACAGGCCUCCCACUGCCGACUUCCUUUGUGCACUUGCGACAAUGCAAAUGCCGGACCAAGUGCACAAUAUGCAGAAGCCGGGUGGAAAGACUUUUGGCAUCAUCGAUGUGAUCAUCACUGCUGGCGAAGGUAGAAAGCUCACUAGCGGUGUGGGCUAUCUGAAAGCACCGAAGCGCAUGGUCGAUGAGAGCUACCCAUUCGUGCCCGAUGCUGACAGCACUACCAUGCGACUACUUACAGAUACGUCUGGUAAGAGCGAGACCGAUGCGGAGCCCCAAAAUUCCACGAUAGCGAGAAAGCGUGGAAAGCGUAGGCCGAAGCCCCCCAAAUCGGUUCGUGAAGCGACCAGACGGGCUGCUUUUGAAGCUUUGAUUGCAGCUGAAGAUGCCGACGCGUCGGUUGGUAGAGGUGAGUUCACUGGACCUGCUGCCUCGGAGCCGAGUUCAGAGGUCAUCGAUGUGGAUGCAGAAGGAGAUAGCGAUCCAGACUAUGAUUUUCACAGCAAGAGACAGGCUCUCCAGCCAAGAGUAUGCUUGACACAGGACGUACCACCUGUUCCAUCAUUGGCUCUACAGCACCCGAUAAUGGACCCAUUGAUACCGUUUAUUCCACCACUUCUCCAUGUUGAAUCGAAGACUACGGUGCUCCAAGCACCAGAAAUAAAGGGUCCAGAUUUGCCGUCGUCAUCAGGUCUUGCACGAGUACAUGCGCAGGCUCAUGAGCAAGAAAGAGCAUACGAGCAACAAAUGGAGAUCACGUUGCAAGCAGAGCUUAGUCCGAAGAUGGCGUAUCCAGAUAUUCCUCCAUACUUACAGACGCCCCAAAUGCGUCUCUCACCAUAUGUCGUUCAAUUCUCAGAUCCAACUCUAGGAGGAAUUACGCCUAGUGAUCUCAUGCGUCAGAUUCCGUUCGACAACGAGGGCCAAUCUUCCAGUCCUCUGAGUCGCUUUCCAAUGAACCUCCAGGGCCCAGGUCAUUCGGCUGUGUCAUCUUUCCCUCCAUUGAUACCAGGACUUCAACAUAACUCCUCAAGGUCCGGUCUGUAUGCAUACUCUUCGUCUAAUCAACCAUGCAGUAACUUUCCUAGUACCCACUUCUCACUCCCAAACUACAAUAUGUCUGGAACCAGCCAUUCUUUCACUGGGAGAUCUGAGGUCUACAAGCCGAACAUGUUGCCACAGGCUACAGCUUUUGCUGGGCUUCAGAAGUCUACGCCGCCGCAAGUGCCCUUUCCGCCGUUUGACCGCCGACUAUCGCUGCCAUUACCACCAGCAGCUCUAUACUCGGUACCUACAAAGCCAAAGCGAGGUCUCUCUCCACAGAAAGCUUCCUCCUCACAAAAGACAAAGAAGGCGAAGUCCAGCGUCGAGGUCAAACGCUUGGUAGUUCAUGGACAAAAGGACUCGAUAUUGGUGGACCACCGAUGGGACCCUGCACAGCAUAUUGGCGUGUCUCUCAAUAGCCCAGCUAAACUUGGAACUCAAGAGACAGUGACCCAUGGCGACAAGGAACACGCAAAUCCUGUUGAGCAGGGAAGGACGCUCGCAGGCACUUCCAGAACACGGAAGAGUUCUGUCCGGAAAGGAACACCAGCACCCGCAUCAUCUUCAGAGCACGAAAAUCCAGACCUAUCUAUGGCUGCGGACAAGCAUCAACCAAUCAGUGCUUUCCAAGCAAAAGCCUUGACUGGUCAGCACGCUGUUAAUGCUAAGAAAUCCAAGCUGAAGCACGAGUCAGAGAAGGUUGCGAAGGCGAGGUCCGAUAGUGAUCAGCCUGGUACCGAUAUGAGCAAUCAAAAUCUGCGUGUCACAAAGGAAAGGUCUUCUCGUCGCACAACCUCUAGUAACGGCAUACUCGGUGUACAAGGCCCAAAGGCAAAUCCAAUCUGGUUUGAGGAUCCAGAAGAAAUUUUGCGUGAGGCAUCUGCGCGACUGCGACGAUGUCGACCUUCUAAAAAGUAUGGAAAUGCAUCUGAUGUGGCAGUGCUGCCUAAUACCGUAGUGCCGACUGUUCAAACUCCCAAAGCAUGGGAUACCGAUACAUCAUCUCCUCUCUCGAGCCUCCAUACGACCCCUGAGCCCGAGAUGGAACCUACUACAUACACAAGUUUGCCUCAAGCACCCGUUGAGUCAUCUCCUGCUCCCAUCCCACAGGCAGAUGGCUCACCCGAGCGCAAAACUACGCCUAAACGCCGACGCGGCAAUCACGUUCCAUCUCCAAUGAAGCUUGCUUCAACCUCUGUAACAUCCCAACUUUUACUUCACAGUCCCUUCUCAUCUCAGUCUUCAGCCUCGAAGAAGCGCAAAAUUACUCACCGUACCUUGCCCAAGGAGCCGCGCAGCCCCGACCGCCUGAAGACCAACGACAACCCACCACUGAACAGGGACUGCGUAAUCGCGUAUGCGGAGAGCAAGGACAAGAAGAACAAACAAGGUAUCUUAAGGCAGGUCAAGAGCGAGAGGCUUGGAGUGUUUACAGAGAGUGACGUCGUCUUUGCAGCGAGGUUCUUUGUUGAGGAUUAA